GCUCGGGGGCGCGCUCAGCUGAUGCGCAAUUUACCGCGCUGGGAAACUGAAGACGCGUCAAGUGACUGGGGAACACGGCGCGCUCAGCGAUUGGCUGCCGUACCACGUGAUGUGACAGCAGAAAGCGGAAGUUACCGGAGCGAAGCAACAGAGACGGUUCGUGAUGUGGCUCCUGCUUGUGGUUCUUCAGCUCGGCCUCGGACUGUCAGGUGCAGCGGACAGUGAAUGGGUUCAUCUCCCCAACAAAUGUGAAGUCUGUAAAUACGUCGCUCUGGAGCUGAAAUCCUCAUUUGAUGAAACGUCGCGGACGCGUGAAGUGAUCGACACUCGCUAUGGCUUCCUGGACAGCGAUAAAAAGCAGAAUAAGAUUAAGUACACAAACUCGGAUAUCCGCCUGAUAGAAGUCACAGAAGGUCUCUGCCAAAGACUGCUGGAGUACAACCUGCAUAAGGAACGCACGGGCAGCAACCGCUUCGCCAAGGGGAUGUCUGAGACGUUCCAGACUUUACAUCAUCUCGUACAUAAGGGAGUGAAGGUUGUGAUGGACAUCCCGUACGAGCUGUGGAACGAGACGUCUGCGGAAGUGGCCGAUAUGAAGAAGCAGUGUGAUGUCAUGAUGGAGGCGUUCGAAGAUGUCAUUGAAGAUUGGUAUCGGCAUCACCAGCAGGAGGACCUGACCGACUUCCUGUGCGCAAAACACGUCCUGAAGGGGCAAGAUAAAAGCUGCCUAUCUGAGACCUGGUCCAGUAAGAAAGGAGACCUCGGCCCUUCAUCUGGGAAGAAGAAAACCAAGAAGGGAGAAAAAAAGAAAUCCAAGAAGGCCUCAAAAGACUCUAAUGGUAAGCGCAAUAAUGGAGCAGUGCCGGGGAAACUGGAGGCUCUGGAGGCGCAGAUUCCUCAAAGCAGAGCGAGCGACGAGCUGUGACCCCUGACCCCGGACCCUGCACUCGUGUCACCUUCACGCCGUGUAUCCUCCUUAUUGGUAACACUCCGGAUAUGAGAAGACGACAAUAGACACAUGAAGGAUCUGCUGAUCCAUAGAUGAUAUAUGAAGUAUUGCUCUAUUUUUUUGACUCUGUGACUUACAUUGCACAGCCGCCCCGGGGAACACUUUUGGUUCCCUGAUUAUGUCGAUAAUUCCGGGAAAACAUGUAAGGACCAAGGUCCUGAGGAUUUCAGAGGUCCAGAAGAGCCUGUCGUGGGCCCAGCCAGUGGGGUUCUUUUAUACUGUUACAUUCUGUUCAGAUCCGGUCUUAUACAGUCAUGGCGGUAAAUGUUGUCCCCCCUGAAAUGUUUCUAUAUAAUGAAGUAUUU